UUCUUUCUUACAUUUUGUCUUGCCUUGUUGUUGUUGCUUCCCAGGAAUCGUUGAGAGUAUUGCAACAACUAACUAGCAAGGGAUGAUUUUUUUGAAGAAUCAAGCACAAACUGGAAUCAUAGUUAUCAUUUCCAUCUGAGAUAUAUGAUCGACAAAAGUAACAAGGUGGUUCUCAUCGUAGAGCUUGAACGUCUCUAGCGACACUAGUUAGUAGCGUAUUGUAGCGUGAGUAGGGUAUUAAUAACUUUAUUUUAUUGGGACAUUUCUGGUGAUUGGCAAUGAGACAACUGCAUAAUAGUGAAUUUAACAUAAUAUACUAAGAAUAUACCUCGAUAACAUCACCAUAAUCGUCAAUGUUUCUUCGGAAGGUUGCGUGGUAGCUAGCAUGACAGCUAUGUUGCAGGUAACUAGAUUGCUAGCCUGGGUGUGAAUUAUGACUGACUGACGCUUAGUUAUAAGGCCUACAACUUAAUAGAACAUUGCUUAUUGUAAAGACGAUUUUGGCAAUCCUUCAAGUGCCAUUGCUAAUUAGAUUAAUACAAACCGUUUACGUGCUAGCUAAAUUGUAUUGAAACUAAUUUGCUAACUUUAGUGGAACGAGUUUGUAGCCGGAUAGUUACAUCUCUGUCUACGACAUGGUCGUGGUGCAGCACAGCCCAUUAAGACAUCAAAUUGGUCACCUCUAGAAAUGGACUGUUCUGUGUGAACUGACAGCUGCUUUAUUGCAUUGUGUUAAAUGCAGUUUUGCACCAUUCUACAGUUGGAGUUUUUGGUGCCACGUUUGACCUGGAUUGAAAUAGCUAACUAGCCACUAUCAAUCGUCCUGCCAGAGAUAAAAUGUCAGAAAACCAGGGCAACGCAAAUAACAACGUCCCGCAAAAUAACAAUGGCGGGGCGAACAGGAUACGAAACCCUAAUAUCAACCAAAACCCACUCAUCAAUGUUCGAGACAGACUUUUCCAUGCCCUAUUCUUCAAGAUGGCAGUUACCUAUGCCAGAUUAUUUCCACCGUCUUUCAGAAGAAUCUUCGAGUUCUUUAUACUACUAAAGGCACUCUUUAUUCUCUUCAUCCUGGCCUAUAUCCACAUCGCUUUCUCACGCUCGCCUAUCAACUGCCUGGAGCACGUUCGGGAGAAGUGGCCGCGUGACGGCAUCCUGCGAGUGGAGAUCCAGCGCAACUCGUCGCGUGCACCCAUCUUCCUGCAGUUCUACGACUCAGACGGCCUUCAGGGCCUGGUCAAGGAGCCUGAGGGGGAGGGAGGAGGAGGGCUGGGCCUGGCCGCGCUCCACCACGAGGAGGACGAGGACGAGGAGGAGAUGACCCUGGAGAUGUUUGACAACAGUUCUGUAAGGUUUGAGCUUGACAUCGAGCCACGGCUGAAGCCCUCGCUGAGUGGUGGGGGACGGGGCCUCAACGACAGCCAGGACCUCUCCUUCAGCCAGGCGCCCACUAAAGUGUGGCCUCAGGAGGAUUACAUAGUGGAGUACUCUCUGGAGUACGGCUUCCUCCGCUUGUCCCAGACCACCCGGCAACGCCUCAACAUCCCUGUCAUGGUCGUCACGCUGGACCCCAUGAAGGAUCAGUGCUUUGGGGACAGCUUCAGUCGCCUCCUCCUGGAUGAGUUCCUGGGCUACGAUGACAUCCUGAUGUCUAGUGUCAAGGCCCUGGCAGAGAACGAGGAGGACAAAGGCUUCCUCAGGAAUGUGGUGUCUGGGGAACACUACCGAUUUGUCAGCAUGUGGAUGGCUCGCACCUCCUACCUGGCUGCCUUUGUCAUCAUGGUAAUAUUCACCCUGUCCGUGUCUAUGCUGCUACGCUACUCCCACCACCAGAUCUUUGUCUUCAUUGUGGACCUUCUGCAGAUGUUGGAGAUGAACAUGACCAUCGCUUUCCCAGCAGCGCCUCUGCUUACCGUGAUCCUGGCUCUCGUGGGCAUGGAGGCCAUCAUGUCUGAGUUCUUCAACGACACCACCACCGCCUUCUACAUCAUCCUCAUCGUGUGGCUGGCCGACCAGUACGACGCCAUCUGCUGCCACACCAACACCAGCAAACGUCAUUGGCUGAGGUUCUUCUAUCUGUAUCACUUUGCGUUCUACGCCUACCACUACCGCUUCAACGGCCAGUACAGCAGCCUGGCUCUGGUCACCUCCUGGCUCUUCAUACAGCACUCAAUGAUCUACUUCUUCCACCACUACGAGCUUCCGGCCAUCCUCCAACAGAUCCGCAUCCAGGAGAUGCUGCUGCAGAACCAGCUGGCGGGCCAGGGGGGCAACCAGACGGCCCUGCAGGACAACCUCAACAACAACACCACCACCGCUGCAGCAGCCCCAGCUCGGGGAGGGGAAGCCAACGGCCAGGUCCGACCGCCAGAUGAGCCCCUGGCUUCUUCGGUGGCCCAGGCCCAAGGUUCAGCGACCCUGGCUUCCCAGUCAAACGGCCUGGCUGGGAGUGCCACGUUACAAGGGGCCGUAGGAGAGUUGACAACGGAGCUGGACUGGAUGGCGGAGACGACAGCCAUCAUCACGGAGGCCUUGUCCUCCUCAGCCCCCCAACCUGGGGGGUCUUUGAUGGAGAGCACGGCAGGGGGAUUGCUGGGGGAGGCCAGAGGGGUGGGGAGGGUUGGUGUUCCUGGGGCAGGCCUCAGCGUGGUGGCGGAGAUUCGAAUGGGGGGGAGUGAUGGUGGAGGAGAGAGCACAAGUGGCACCGGUCCCAGCUUGAUGGCAGUGGAAAUCAAAACCAUAGUGGCCUGUAGAGGCAGUGCAGCAGGAUCAGGCCUGCCUCCUCCCUCUCCUCCAAUGGGAGGACUCCAGGAAGCAGAGACUUGCCUCUCUACUGUCAGGCCGUCCCUUCCUCAACCACCUUCUCCACACACAGACUGCAGUAGGGCAGUGGUUGGGGAGCCAGAAUGCCCCAGGCAGAGCGCCACAGAUUGGGACUCCAAGACAGAGGAAGCCCCCAGCCCCACUCCAUCCUGAGCCCCCCCACACACACACAUUCUCCCAUACGCAGAGGAAACAUAUCUUCUCCCCCUUAAUUCUUCUUCCAACACCGCAAGAUGCCGACGUGGCUUUAUUCCUGUAAUGUCAUUCUUACGACAACCAGGAGAAGAGGGGGAUGGAGAACUGAGGAAAAGAAAAGCCCCGCCCCUCAACUUCUAUUCAAAGGUGUGGAAAUGUUUGGAAAUGGCUACCUGGACAUAAUUUUAUUUUUAUUUUUUAUGUAUUUGUAAAAUAAUCAAUCCUAUUGCAUUGGUGAUAUACAAUUCCUUAAAGAUGAUGAUUCUGUUGGUUAGGGGAUGUCUCGACUGGAUUUGGAAAUGGCGGUGUAUGUUUCUUUUUGAGAGCACAGUGGACUAUACAGGGCUGCAACACAUGACCUCUUGUCCUAUCCAUCCAUUCAUUCCAUCUGGUCCUCAAACCCAGAAAAAAGACAACCCCGUGUUUUGAGUUGAUCAUUUUUCUUUCAGAACUGUUAAACAGGCUAAUAAAGUUGCUGUGGGUUGUCAUGAUACUUGGUCAAACCCCACUUCUCACAAGCUCUCAACUUUUUCCUCCAACUGGCAACUGGCUCCGCAAGCUAGCUCUAUCUGGAGCAUCGUGGGAAAUUGAGUUGAUAUCCACUGUUUUUGAGUGUUGAGUAGACCUCCUUGCUUGGAUGUUUUGCCAAUCCACUGCUCUUACAAUGCUUGGCAGUUGCUCCCGUACUACUUGAGCCGCAGAAGAGCUGUUAUGACUGCAGUUUCUUUUGUCUUAACCUCUUUUAUUGAGUGAACCUGCAUCAUUACUUCCCUCUGGGAACUUUUAUGUGUACAGUCAGGACACUAGGCCCAUUUUCUCACCCAUAACUCAUUAUCAGGUUUUGUCUUUCAAAUUGCAAUCGCUUCACCGUGCAGAUACAUGAUCAACUGGAAGGCUUGACCAGGCACCUGUUUCAUGGUCUAAUGUUAAUUCACUAUACUAACCCCCCUGGGUGCAUGUUUUGUUCAAAUAAUCAAAGCUUGAUAAGGAGUUGGUUAUUUGAAUCAGCUCUGUGGUGCUAGGGCAAAAAACAGAACAUGCCCCCGGGGGAGCCAGGAAGCAGUUUGUGAAACCUUGCCUUACAUCCUGUAUUCCAAAAGAGGAGCAUGUGACUGUAAGAAUGAAAUUGUAUUAGAAUGUUUUCUGGUGCAGGGCAUCAGCUGACGGCGGCCCACUCCAAGCUGGUAACACACUUCAGACUAGCACAAGACGAUAGCAGGCUAUGUUAAAUGGCUUCAGGGUAAAGCUAUUGUAACCACGCCAACCAAUCUCCAUUACAUGUGUCAUUGAUCUACCAUUCAGCUGCCAAAAUGGCAAGUUGUGAUGAAAUUGCAUGCCUUGGACGCUCCAAUUUAAUUUGGUAAAGAGCGUAUUUUUAAAAAUAAUGUUUCUUGUUUUAAAACCUGAUGAUGAAGCUGCUGAAGACUACCUUGGAAACUUUACCAGACUUGGCCACUGUUUGUUCGUUAGCUCACGAGAGACUAAACUGGACUUGCAAGCCUAGUAAGAUGCUACUGUGAGACAAACUACCGGUUGUCAGAUGGACCUGACUUGCAUCCUGCUUCCCCUUUCUGAAACCUGCUGAAUGUCGUUCUAAGAUGGACAGGGUGUAACAAAAGUCCAGAGAAUUAAAAAUGAUAACUCCAUACUAUAACUCCAAGUAGAAACUGUCAGGGCAGAAUAAACAGGGAAUAAUGACAGAUGUGUUCCAAUGUCUACAUCCUCAUCUGUUGAAACAGAACAACUUCCUGCCCAGUGAGCUUUAUUUUGAUGCCUUAUGAUUCCAAAUGAGAUAUUAUUGGAAGUGCAUGUUGAGACUUCCUUAGCAGUUGAAUUUAAGCAGGUUUUUGGCCUCUCAUAUGAGGAAAAUGGUUUAUAUUUCAACGGAAUCACGAUAACCAAGGGACAUUUAGCAAAAUGGGUUAGACUUUUCCAUUAGUUCUAUUAAGAUGGGAGUAGAAUCACUUCUGUUCAGUGUGUUGGGUGGAGGUGUAGUCAUGGCUAUGCAGUGGGCAGGACCAAGGACGUGGUUCUGGUUUGAAAGGUCCAAAUUGUGCAAUAUGACAGGAAGUCAGUUUUAAAGAGAAAAGUCUUCAUUGUAGAAGAGGAUACUUUUACAGAUGUGACAAAUAUGCUCUAUCAAUGACGUUUUAUGAUCAGUUUCUUUAUCUGUGCCUAUAUGCCGUUCUGUAAGAAAAAACAGGAUGAUUGUAGCAAUGCAACAGUUGCUGUCCAUUUGUAGCUCAUUUUAUCUGUGAUGGACUAGAUUCCUUCUCUCAUUCAAAUGUAUUUAACUGUUCGGUAAACUAAGUGCAGAAGAAGCAUUCUUUGCACAAACAAUU